AUGCCGUCCGGGGAUAGACUCGACACAGUUCGCAUACCACAUGAUGGCUCUUCAUGCAAGGAAAUGAGUAUGCCUCUCGCCAGCCCUGGCGAAGGCGGUAUCAGCCUCGAAAAGUGCAAUAAUGUCGAAAAGCAGCUCCUAUGCUUUCCACAAGCUUGGGCGUGCGAAGCAAAGGACGCGCAAAGGUUCAGCUGGGAACAUCGUUCGCUUAUUCGCAUUAAGGCCGAAAGUCUUAGUGAAUUUAGCCCAGAAUGGCGGGCAGAUUAUUUCAUGUACACGUGCCUAGACAAGACAUCGGGUCUUCCACUUAACAGAUAUCUCGACGAAGUUUCUGAUACGAAGGUGUACGGAGAUGCGAUCGUUUUCCAGAUGUACAAAGGGCAAUACCGUCACUUAGGACGCGACUUCAUCUUGGCUGCGGAGGAUGAGGAGUAUCCAAGGGUCGUAUUGCAGGCUAUCUUGUCCCAGAAGAAUAUCUUGACCUCUCAGAAUAGCUGA